UCCAAUCACAGCUGAUCACAUGUAAACACGGAAAUGCCGGUUAUCGGCAUUUGUCUCCUCUCCAGCUGUCACGCUGACAGUGAUGAUCAGUGUGCCCUGAUGAUCAGUGUGGCCCCAGAAGUGCCACCUGUCAGUGCUCAUCAGUGCCAUGUGCCAGUGCCCAUCAGUGCCACAUCAAUGCCACAUAUCAGUGCAUACCAGUGCACAUCAAUGCCACAUAUCAGUGCCCAUCUGAGCUGCCUUUCAAUGUCACCCAUCAGUGCCACCUAUCAAUGCCAAUCAGUGCCACUAUCAGUGUUGCCAAUCAGUGCCACUUAUCAGUGCCAUCAGUGCCGCCUAACAGUGCCAGUCAGUGCCACCUAACAGUGCCAGUCAGUGCCACCUAACAGUGCCAGUCAGUGCCGCCUAACAGUGCCAGUCAGUGCCGCCUAACAGUGCCAUGUAUCAGUGCUGCCUAUCAGUGCUGCCUUUCAGUGCCCAUCAGUGAUGCCUGUCAAUGCCCAUCAGUGCAACCUACCAGUGCCUCCUCAUCAGUG